ACCCACUAGUCACGCUACCUUACCUGCCUACCAUCCGUCUCUCUCUAAUCAAACUUCAAUUCACGAUUACGAAGAAGCAGAUCACCGGAAAAAAAAAACUCAAAACGGAGAUUUCGACUCGCCGAUCAAACAGAUGAACUGAAGCUCGUAGUCGAAGAGGAAGCUGCUUAUCGGAUUCUAUCACGAAGAUGUUGAAUUUGAUUUUGAUCGCAAUCUUCAUCAUCGUCGUCGGAUCCGUCUCUUCAUCGUCUCCGUUUAACUCCACAACAGAGCCUUGUAACGGACGAUGCGGCGGAACGAUCCUACCCCACCCCUUCGGAUUCUCACCCGCCUGUCCGAUCCAACUCACCUGCUCCGCCGCCGGAGCGCAGAUCGGAGGCAUCUUCUCCGUGCAGAACGUGACGGAGAGGAGCAUAUUCGUCGGCGUUCCGCACGACUGCAACCGUAGCGUCGAAGCCAUGGGACCGUUAUUCAGCGAGCAUUACGCGCCGACGUCGGAGAACAGUUUCCUCAUGGAGGAGUGCGCGAACGCGACCGACGAAGGGUGCUCAAUCAAGCAGAAGUUUCUCGAGACUCAGCUGAAUCUCAAGAGCUGCGAUCCUCUCGGGAAGGAUAGGGUUAGCUGUUUCUCCACCGAUGCGAACUCGAGCAGCUCCAACGGCUCCUCGUCGCCGUCAGAGUUUUUCAGGAUGGAGGAUCUGAGGAGGAGCUCGUGCAAGAAGCUGUUCUCGUCGAUUGCGUUCGAGUCUGUGGGUGGGAAUGCGGGGAUAGCGCUGGAGUUUGAGCGUGUUAGGUUGGGUUGGUGGGUGAAGGGAGAGUGUGGGACGAGUGAGUCUACUUGCGAGGUUAAUGCCACGUGUAAGAGAGUUCGUACUCCUGAUGGGAGUGCGGGGCACAGGUGCUCGUGUAUGAAGGGAUACCACGGGGACGGAUUCAUCAAAUCUCCUUGCCGAAAAGUGAUACCGAACUGCCAUGGUUCAAGGCUUGUCCGGGGACAUUGUAGAUCGAAUCUUGCUAUUGUUGUAGGAGGAACUGUUGGUGGAGCAAUUUUGCUAGCUGGAUUGGCGAUUUUGUGCGUUUGUAAGCGGAGACGGUCUGCUUCUUUGAGAAGCCAUUUAAGCGCAAAGCGUCUUUUGAGUGAAGCUACAGGGAACACAAGUGUGGCGUUUUUCCCUUACAAGGACGUGGAGAAAGCAACGAAUUGUUUCUCUGAGAAGCAGAGGCUAGGAACAGGUGCCUACGGUACAGUCUAUAAAGGAAAGCUCCAAAACGAUGAAUGGGUUGCUAUCAAAAGACUCAAACACAGAGAUUCAGAGAGUGUUGAACAAGUCAUGAAUGAGAUCAAGCUUCUUUCCUCUGUGAGUCACCCAAACCUUGUCCGUCUCUUGGGUUGCUGUAUAGACCAAGGUGACCCGGUUCUCGUUUACGAGUUCAUGCCAAACAGAACUUUAUCAGAACAUCUACAGAGAGAGAUAGGGGACGGUCUUCCGUGGACUGUGCGUCUCACUGUCGCAACUCAAACAGCUAAAGCUAUCGCGUAUCUCCACUCUGCAAUGAACCCACCUAUCUAUCACCGUGACAUCAAAUCCAGCAACAUCCUUCUCGACUACGAUUUCAACUCCAAAGUUGCCGACUUCGGACUCUCUAGGCUCGGAAUGACUGAAACUUCACACAUUUCCACGGCUCCUCAAGGGACCCCUGGCUAUCUAGACCCGCAGUACCAUCAGUGCUUCCAUCUUUCUGAUAAGAGCGACGUCUACAGCUUUGGUGUCGUUCUUGCUGAGAUUAUUACGGGACUGAAAGUUGUCGAUUUCACCCGACCGCAUACUGAAAUCAACUUGGCAGCACUUGCUGUUGACAAAAUCGGGUCAGGUUGUCUUGACGAGAUUAUAGACCCGGUUCUCGACCUGAAUCUUGACGCAUGGACUCUCUCGUCUAUACACAGCGUGGCUGAGCUCGCAUUCCGAUGCUUAGCCUUUCACAGUGACAUGAGACCUACGAUGACUGAAGUAGCGGACGAGCUUGAGCAGAUACGGCUCAGCGGUUGGAUCCCAAACAUGAGCUUGGAUUCACCAACCGGUUCUCUCAGGUCAUCUGAUCAAGGAAGCGAAAGAUCAGCAUCGGUUAAGAAAACAUUAGCAGGAAGCAGAAGACUUGUUGUCCCUCCCAAGCAACCUGAUAUCCUCGCUUCUGUCGAAGAGAUGAAUGAUAACUCUCCAGUCUCGGUUCAAGAUCCUUGGUUAAGUGCACAGAGCUCACCGUCUACAAAUACAUUACUCGGUAACAUGCCUAGGUGAUGAUACAGAACGCUUUGUUCCACUUUAUUGUUUGUAAGUUCAUCUUUGUGUAGCUUGUAACAUCAUUUUUCAUAAUGAUAAGUAGAGAGAUUAACGA